UUUUCGCCGAAGCGCGAAAAAAAUCAAACAAACAUAAACCCCCAACUGCGAGCUCUCUCUGGGGUUUCGGAGCUUCAAUGGCCACCGACGUCGACGCCUCUCUCUGGUGGGACCCCUUCUCUCUCUUACUCACCGACCUCGAGAACGCUCCUCUCUCCGACGACCUCCCUCCCAAUCUGGUCAAGAAAUUGAAGGCCAAUCACGCCUGGUUCGUCGACACAGUCUUCCUCUUCAAGCCGCCCAGUGAGAAAUCAAAGGCGGCUUUGGAUUCACAGCUUGUCAAAAUCGGGUCGCACCAGCUGGAUAUCAAGCCUGAAUUGAAAGACAAGGCUCUGACUAUCAGCUCCUAUUUGUGUCUGGAUGAGGUGCAAUCGUACAUUCUUGUCGAAAGGUCUCUCAAGGACAACAAUGUAGCUCUUGACUCUGUGGUGCACGAGUAUGUUCAUGCGGUGUUAAUUCACUAUUAUAUUGAGCGACAGUGCUUGCUGAAGUGUACCAGGAGUAUUCUCAUGCUUGCUUUGUCUCUAGAAACUUUCUCUGGAGAAGGAACUGCUAUUAAGGAGGAAGCACUAAAGUUGAUUUCUGAUGGAUUGGAGAAGAAAUUAAUAUCUGUGCUGCAAGACCUUUUAUCUUCCAAUCCCUCUGAACAAAUGGAUGUUGACCUUUUCAGCUUGUGGGCUGAGGAGACACUAAUCGAAGACAAUUUGGUUUUGGAUAUUCUUUUCCUUGCUUAUUAUGAGUCACUUUGUACUUGUAAUGGUGAAACGUGGAAAGCAUUGUGCUUGCUCUAUAAGGGAAUUUUAUCUGGGUCUUCUAACUUUGAAAAGCUGGCAAUAUCAACUGAAGCACUACGUUCUUCUUACCAAGCCAAAGUUCAGCUUCUUCUAAUUCUUAUAGAAACCCUAGACCUGGAAAGUUGUCUCCAAAUGGUCCAUGAUGAAAUACCUUUCAGGCACGGUGCAUCUGCUAUUACUUUGGCUGAUAUCCAAGAGAUUGAAGCAAUAAUUUCAACUUUAAAUGCGUUUGAAACAAAAGAGGCAGGCCCAUUAAUUCUGGCAUGGGCAGUCUUUCUUUGUCUGAUUUCAUCACUUCCAGGCAAAGAAGAAAACAACAUACUAAUGGAAAUUGAUCAUGUUGGUUAUGUUCGCCAAGCAUUCGAGGCGUCAUCUUUGACUUAUUUUGUAGAAAUCCUUGAAAGUGAUGUAUUGAAGGAAUCUGAUGGGCCUGUUGCUGGUUAUCGAAGUGUGUUGAGAACUAUUAUUUCUGCAUUUAUCGCAUCUUAUGAGAUCAAUCUUCAGAUGGAAGAAGGCACUCUUAUGUUAAUACUGGAUAUUCUUUGCAAAAUUUAUCAGGGAGAGGAGUCACUUUGUAUCCAGUUCUGGGACCGAGGAAGUUUUAUUGAUGGUCCUAUCCGGUGUCUUCUUUACAACUUAGAGAGUGAAUUUCCUUUCAGGACUGUGGAGCUUGUUCGCCUUUUAUCAUCCCUUUGUGAGGGAACGUGGCCUGCUGAAUGUGUGUACAACUUUCUAGAUAAGUCUGUUGGUGUAUCAUCCUUGUUUAAGAUUGCGAACAAUUCCUUUAGGGAUGGCAUCUCUCAAACUGUUGAGACGGACCUCCCGUUGCAUGUCCCUGGACUUGAAGGUUUGGUCAUCCCCAGUAAAACUUGUGGGCAUAUAUUGAGAUUAGUUGGUGAAAAUACUGCUCUUGUUCGAUGGGAGUAUACACAAUCCGGAGUGCUAGUGUUGCUUAUGCGCUUGGCCCAAGAGCUGUAUUUCAAACGAAAUGAAGAAGUUCUUCUUAUCCUCAACCUGCUUAGCCGGAUGGUUACCUUUAGCAUGGCUGUAUGCUUUGCUUUGAUGGAUAUUGGGAGCUCUUUGCAUUUCCAAUCAACUGGCAUGAGUGGGCAGAAUAGCAUGUGGGUGGUUGAGAUGAUUAGCACUUUAGUCAGAAGGUUAUCUCCUACUCCUAGCGGUGCUGCUCUAAUGUCCGUGGCUAUCAACAUUUUGGCAAAGAUGUUAAAAUGUUCCCCUUCUCAUGUUGCUGAGGUAGCCUUAAAAGCAAAUAUGUUUGAUUUCGAGAUUGGCGACAAUGGUUCAUCAAGUGAAUCAUGGUUACUUUCUGGAAAACUGGCGAAGAUGCUUGUAAUUGAUUGUGAGCAUAAUGAUAGUGACUGCGCAUUGACUAUAUCAGUGCUGGACUUUACUCUGCAGUUCAUGGAAUCAGGUGUGAAGAAUGAUGCUGUACUGGCUUUAAUCGUUUUCUCUCUUCAGUAUGUUCUCGUUAACCAUGAGUACUGGAAAUACAAGUUAAAGCAUACUCGAUGGAGAGUAACAUUAAAGGUGCUUGAAGUGUUGAAAAGGUGUAUUACAUCAACUUCAUGCUCUGACAAGCUGGAUGAAGUCAUCCUAGAUAGGAUAUUCUGUGAUUCUUCCAUCCAUAAUACUCUCUUUCAAAUUGUUUGUACAACACCACAAAUGUUAGAGAGACUAUGUUUCAGCCGUCUUAUUGAGCUAACAGAGAUUGAAGGUUUACAGCUGGCUAUAUGUUCUGUUCUAGAUGUUCUUUUCAUCAUGCUCUCCAAAUUUUCUAAGGGUACAUUUUCCAGCCUUCCAAUUUUUCACCAAGCAGUUUUCUCCUCAGCAACAAAACCAAUUCCUGUAGUUGCAGCGCUUGUAUCGUUCAUAUCUUAUUCUCGCAAUCCACGAAUACAAGUUGGUGCUGCUAGGGUUUUGUCAGUGUUCUUGAUGAUGGCAGAUAUUAUCCAACCAUAUUUGUUUGGAAGCAGCUUUGGCUUAGAUGACAUACAGAUUGAAGAUCUGAGGCAUGGUAUUAGUUACAUAUUACUUGAGCAGUCAGUAUCGAAUGAAGAUCUCUUUGUUGCUGUAGUCAAUCUGCUCACUUCUGCUGCACGUUAUCAGCCUGCUUUUCUUGUUGCUGUGUUAUCUACCAAAGUCAAUGAAGGUGUCCAACUGAGUAAUGCUGGUGAUAUGAAGCUGCCAACAAAUGAAGUUCUGUUGAGGUCAUCUGAGUCUGAAAAGGCAAGUGUUGUGGAUGCAGUUCUGCAUUAUGUUAGAAGAUCUAAUGAUCUUAUCAACAGCAAUCCCCGUAUACUGCUGAAUGUUCUGAACUUUCUAAGAGCUCUGUGGCAAGACGCUGCUCGGUACUCUGGUAUUUUGGAAUGCGUGAAAGGCUCUGAAAAUUUCUGGAAAAACUUGUCGAGUUCUAUUUCCAAAAUUUCUAGCGUGGAAGCUCCUCCACCUGAGAAUUUAACUGAGACAGAAGCUCAAGAUUUUGGAUACAGAUAUCAGUGUCAAUCCUCGAUAUUGGAAAUAAUGGCGAAUGAUGUGUUCCUGCAGAAGAAACUGUUACAUGCCGAGUCACUUGUUACUGAAUCACAGGACAAGAUACAGUAUACAGUGAGAACUGAAAAAUCAAAAGGAGAAAUUCUAGAGGAUAUUUUAUCAGCCUGGUGUGGAAGCUCAGUUUGGGGCAAUCUGACCAAGUCACUAAGUCAUAGUGAAUAUGACACCAAUCUAUAUUUGCGGGCAAAGGUUGCUGCCAGUUCAGUCACCGCCCUUGUCAUGGUGAAAUUAGCACAUGGUGAUGCUGGAAGUUUGUCUGUGUCAUUACUUGAGAAGUCCCGCAUUCUUUUAAAUAAGCUCCGAAGUCAUCCUGCGUUUUCUGAAUUGUUAGCUCAAUACUCACUGCAUAGUUACAGUUCUAUGUUAUCUUUCUCCAGUGCAGAGAAGGAGCAAAAUUAUUUGAUACUCAGCGAUCUUUAUUAUCAUCUGCAAGGGGAGGUAGAAGGCCGUGAAAUUGGUGCUGGAUCGUUUAAAGAACUCUCUCAGUUCUUAAUUGAAUCAAACAUUUUUCAGACUUACCAACUUAAGUAUGAUGGCGAUCUUUUUAUAACUGGCAAAGAUGCGUACCGGUUUGAUCUCAAACGCGUAAGAGCUGAGUUGGGAUCAGAUCUUUGGGAUUAUUCAACAUGGAAGGAGUCAAAGGCGAUUGCAGAAACAAUGUUGAAUCACAUGAAGGAUGUGAACUCAAUGGUGUUCCUUACAAGCUCAAAACUUUCUGCACUUAGAGCAUUAAGAAGUGUCUUAACUGUUUACCUGGAUGAUUCACUGGAGUCGAAGAGUACAGCGAGAGAGAUCUCCGAUCAACUGGUUUUCCCAUGUGAUCACAUAUGCCAGAAUUUCCUUGAUACAGUAAAAUCAUUGGCUCCAGAACUUGGUGCUUCUGAAGAAAUCUUUCACUUCCUUGCAGCUCAAGCAGAAUUGCUUCUUUAUCUUAUGAUUUCUACACAUAAGAGCCUGCCUCCAUCUGAUUGCGUUCUUGUGCUAAAAACAUCAGCUGCUGGCCUUAAAGUGUUGAGUGAUUUCCAACCAUUAGUUACUGGGUCAUCAGUUUCUGUGGUUAGCUCUACAGUCAAGCUCUUACUCAUGCUGCUUCUCUCAGCAGUGAAGUUUAGUUGUCAUUAUUCAAAUUUAGUUGGGGAAAGAGAUACAGUAUCUGUUGAAAACAUGGCUAAAAUAUCUAAUCUGAGUCUACGUCUGCUACCAAUUCUCUGUAACCGCAUUGCUAGUGCUGAGGAUUGCAGACUCUCCCUUACUACUAUGGACUUGAUAUUGAGAAAUUUCUUGACUCCCAACACUUGGUUUCCCAUCAUACAGAAUCACCUCCAGCUUCAGCAUGUUAUUCUGAAGCUUCAAGAUAAAAAGUCUCUUGAAUCUGUGCCUAUUAUAAUGAAGUUCUUUUUGACUCUUGCUCGUGUGAGGCAGGGUGCAGAGAUGCUUAUUAAUCAUGGUUUUCUCUCAUCUCUGAGAUUCUUGUUCACUGAAUACUUGGAUGAUAUGUCUUCUUCAGUAACCAUGAGUAAUAGGCUUUCCAACUCAUCUGACAUAAUGGAAAAGCCUAAACAAAUUUGGGGACUGGGUUCGGCUGUCAUCACAGCUAUGGUUCAGUCUCUAGGAGACAGUUCUGCUUGUUCUGAUGUUGUGGAGAAUGUAAUACCUUACUUCUUUUCCGAGAAAGCAUAUAUGAUUUCUUACUAUCUCAGUGCACCGGACUUCCCAUCUGAUGAUCAUGACAAGAAAAGACCUCGUGCUCAGCAGAGACAAACCUCUCUUACUGAUCUUAAAGAAACUGAGCACACUCUCAUGCUAAUGUGUGUGCUGGCAAAACAUUGGAAUUCAUGGGUUAAGGCCAUGAAAGAAUUGGAUUCCCAGCUGAGAGAGAAAAGUAUCCAUCUUUUAGCAUUUAUCAGCAGGGGAACUCAACGCCUUGGAGAAACUUCGAGUUUUAGUGCCCCUCUCAUAUGUCCUCCUACCCUUAAAGAGGAAUUUGAUACUCGCAAGAAACCCUCGUUUGUCAACAGUAGAAGUGGAUGGUUUGCUCUUUCACCACUUGGCUGCGUGUCAAAACCAAAAGUGUCGGCUGCCUCUAUCACAUCAACAGCACUGACUAUUAAAAAUCAAGCUACUGCAAAUGGUUAUCACGUUUCUCAAUCGUACUUCUCAGACACUAUUGCCCUACAGAUCUACAAAAUUACGUUUCUCCUAUUGAAGUUUCUCUGUUUACAAGCUGAGUGCGCUUCUAGAAGGUCAGAGGAGGUGGGGUUUGUUGAUCUUGACCAUUUUCCUGAGCUUCCAAUGCCUGAGAUCUUACAUGGCUUACAGGAUCAAGCAAUUGCCAUCAUUACAGAACUAUGUGAAGCUAACAGAAUGAAGGAGAUUCACAUUGAAAUCCAGUCUAUCUGUUGUUUGUUGCUACAAAUAAUGGAGAUGGCCAUGUACUUGGAACUUUGUGUUCUACAGAUAUGUGGCAUAAGACCCGUGCUAGGGCGUGUGGAAGAUUUUUCGAAGGAAGUUAAACUGUUGAUAAAAGCGACGGAGUCGCAUGCUUUCCUGAAACCGUCUCUGAAGUCCUUGAAGCAGAUAAUGUCGGUUGUCUAUCCCGGAUUGGUACAGGCAGACGAAUUUUUGUGAGAUAGUCUUAGAUUCUUAGUGUGCAUAGGUGAAAGCAGUAGAGUACACAAGAAAAUAUGUAAAGAAGGCCAGAGUUGGCAUACCCUUCCUCUUUGGCCUCCCUUGUAACAAAAGAAAAGCUAAUUCACUCUCUGUUAUAGUUUAGAAUACAUAUAUAUCUGUUCUUUCUGUAUCGCUCAAGUAAUUUGCUUUAGAAAUAUUCCACAUGCUUUAAUAGUGACAUUUCUUUCGGCCAUUCGUUUCGAAUUUUAA